UUAUGUAUAUAACAGUUGUUUUUGGUAUAUAGAACUGUGAAUGGUAGGUGAGAAAUAAAUAAAUGUAGAAGUGGAUAUUGAUAUUGAUGAUACUUAGCAUUGAUAAACAUAAACAUUUUGCACUUAAAGAGCUGUUGUAGGGAGCAUUAAAAAAAAUGGACAAGAUCAGAAGGAAUCCAUCAUCGUAUUGCAGAGCAUAAUAUUAAAAUAUCCUCUUAGGAACCAUCCAACAGCUUUUGAGGAAGAAAGCAUCCCAAGGAAAAACCCUCUUAAAAUAAAAUUGUUUCUUUGGAGUAGGUGAAGUCAAGCUCUUAUAUUAAACAAAUCAUCAGUGGCAUCUUUUGUCCAACUAGUGGGUAUUUCCAUGAAUAAUUUUAGUACCACUUGCCUUGAAGACCAAUCAUCUUUAAGUUAAUAUCAGCAGAGCAUAAUAUACUUCACCUGCUGCAUCUAUUUCUUUACUAUUUUUGAGAUUAACUGAGUUUACUGCAAACUACAUCCAUUUCCUUUUCCCUUCCUCAUUUCCCUCUGAUAUCACUUGAUCUUGAGAGACAUGGCUGCAGCACUUGUAGGUGGAGCUGUUCUGUCUUCCAUUUUUAAUGUUGUUUUUGACAGGAUGUCCUCGCCUGAAGUUGCCAACUGGAUCAAAGGGAAGAAGCUUACCCAGAAGCUGCUUGAAAGGUUGAAGACUACUCUUUAUUCUGUUCAAGCCUUUCUCAUUGAUGCUGAGCAGAAGCAAAUCAAGGAGAGAGCUGUCAAGGACUGGCUCGGUAGUCUCAAAGAUGCUAUGUAUGUUGCUGAUGACUUGCUGGAUGAAGUCUUCACCAAAGCCGCCACUCAGAAGGAUCCAGGUACCUUCUUCUCUCGUUAUCUCAAUUUGCAAGAUAGGGAGAUAGCAAACAGGAUGGAAGAAAUAAUUGAGAGGAUAGAGUCUAUUGUGAAGCAAAAAGACACUCUUGGUCUUAGAGAGAUUCCUAAGGAGAACAUGUCAUGGAGGAUCACUACAUCUCUAGUUGAAAGAUCCAGUAUAUAUGGCAGGGAAAAAGACAAGGAGGCCAUAGUGAAGUUGUUGUUGGAUGAUGAUGACACUGGGGAUGGUGAUAUAUCUGUGAUUCCCAUUGUGGGCAUGGGAGGAAUAGGAAAGACUACUUUGGCCCAAUUGGUUUACAAUGACGAAAAAGUGAAGGAGAAUUUUGAUUUUCGAGGUUGGGUUUGUGUGUCUGAAGAGUUUGAUGUUAUCAAGGUUACCAAGACUAUAAUUGAGGCAAUAACUUCGAGUUCCUGUAACUUGAAAGAUUUGAAUUUACUUCAACGUGAUUUAAAGGAAAGAUUGUCAAGACAAAAAUUCUUUGUUGUCUUAGAUGACGCAUGGAAUGAGGAUUAUGAAGAUUGGAAUAGGCUUCUAAAACCUUUUAAGAAUGGGAUUAAGGGGAGUAAAAUUCUCAUAACCACUAGAAGUAAAAAGGUGGCUUCUAUGGUGCAAACUGUUUCACCUCAUGAACUAGGUUUAUUGUCUGAUGAAGAUUGUUGGUUAGUGUUUUCAAAACAUGCACGUCUUUCAACUGAGUCUAUGGAAAAUUCAACUCUGAAAGAAGUCGGCAAAGCUAUUGUAAGGAAGUGUGAUGGAUUGCCCUUGGCAGCUCAAGCCCUCGGAGGCUUAUUGCGUGGAAAUUCUGAUGUUGAGUAUUGGAAUCAUAUAUUGAAGAGUGAGGUAUGGAAAUUCUCCAAUGACAAGAUAAAAGUUGUUCCGGCUUUAAGAAUAAGUUAUUACUUUCUUCCUUCAUGUUUGAAAGAGUGCUUUGUUUAUUGCUCGUUGUAUCCAAAAGAUUAUGAAUUUGAUAAAGAUGAGCUCAUCUUGUUAUGGAUGGCUGAGAAUUUUUUACAACCAGUUGGGAAAAACACUUUAGAAGAAGUUGGUGAUGAAUAUUUCGACGAAUUAGUUGCGAGAUCAUUUUUGCAACCUCAUAGUAAUAAGAAAAAUAAAUUUGUGAUGCAUGAUCUCGUGCAUGAUUUGGCAAUGAUGUUUGCUGGAGAAUUCUAUUUUAGGGCGGAAGGGCUUGAGAAUGCAGUUGAGGUUGAUGUUAAAACUCGUCAUUUGUCCCAUAAUGCUAAGGGCAAUUAUCCAAUCUCAAAACUGAUGGGAGUUUGUGACAGAAUAAAACAUACAAGGACAUUUCUUGCAAUCAAUUUGAACGAGUGGAUCCCAUUUAACAUGGAAAACGCACCUUGUAUCUUGUUGUCGCAUUUGAAGUACUUGAGAGCCUUGUCGUUCAAAAGCUUUCCUCUAGAGUCAGUACCUGAUUCAAUAGGUGAGUUGAUUCAUUUGCGUUACUUGGAUCUGUCCGAGACCGACAUUGUGACAUUGCCGGAGUCAUUGGGUAACCUCUACAAUUUGCAGACCUUGAAGUUGUAUCGGUGUAGAAAUCUGAAAUUGCUACCAGUUGGCAUGAAAGACCUUGUAAAUUUGCGCCAUCUUGAUAUUGGAGGGACUCAGUUGCAUGAGAUGCCAAAAGGCAUGAGCAAGUUGAAAAAUUUGCAGUUUUUAAGCCACUAUGUUGUUGGGAAGUGUGACGAGAACAAGGUCACAGAAUUGGGAGCACUUGCAAAUCUACAGCAAUCCAUUUCCAUUGUCGAAUUGGAGAAUGUGGUGAACGGCGGUGAAGCUUUGAUGGCAAGAAUGGCUGAUAAGGAUGGCAUUGAUUCUAUGAUGUUGGGUUGGUCGUUUGAUGAAGUAGACGAGGAUACAGUUGAUUCCCAGAUGGAAAGAGAUAUACUUGACAAGUUACGACCUCAUACUAAUUUGAAAGGGUUAUAUAUCUCUGGUUACAGGGGUACAACCUUUCCAGAUUGGUUGGGACAUUCUUCCUACCGCAACAUCACCACAAUAACACUGUAUGGUUGCAGGAAUUGUUGCAUGCUUCCUUCACUUGGACAAUUGCCCUCUUUGAAGCACCUUCAAAUUUCAAAAUUUGAAAGUGUGGGGAUUGUGGGUGCUGAGUUUUACUUUUACGAGAACGAUAAAUCUUGUGUGGAGACACCACCAUUUCAAAAGCUUGAAACUCUUUUGUUUAAGUCAAUGCCUUGCUGGAAGGAGUGGCGUUCAAUGGUGUUGAAUGCAUUUCCUCGACUUAGGGAGCUUACGAUAAGGAAGUGUCCGUCGUUGAGAGGAGAUUUGCCCAUUCAUCUAUCAUCUUUGCAAUCACUUCAGAUUGAGAAGUGCGAUGAGCUGAGUUGUUGUGUUCCAAGGGCUCCUGCGAUUACCACUCUUUCAAUUUCAGGAAAGCAUCUAGUGGGGUCUGUGGUGGAGGCCAUUACCAACACGCAACUGACUUGCCUCACUUCUUUAAGCAUCUCACAUUGUUCCUCCCAGAUAUGGUUUCCAGUGAGUGCUAUUCCCCCAUCACUACAAGAGUUGAGGAUCGAGGGUUGUAGAGAAUUAGAAUUCCAAAUGGAUGGCCAACACCACUCACUUCAGGAACUAGACAUACGUAGCAGCUGUGAUUCACUUGCGUCCUUCUCCUUGUUGGAUUCCUUUCCGAAUCUCGUGACUGUUGAAAUCGAGAAAUGUGAAAAGAUGGCGUCAAUUGUGGUGUCACGCUCUCUUUCAUGUCUCCGUUAUUUAUGGAUCAAGUAUUGUGGGAGUAUGAAAUCCGUGUCGACGAUAUGGAUGGCAGCACCUCAGCUAGAGCGUCUCUCAUUAGUGGGUUGCCCAGAGAUCAAUUUGUGUGCUCCAGGAGUUCCACACCAUAGCCUCAGAUAUCUUUUCAUCAGCUACUGCGAGAAACUAGUGAGCACUGCAGCAUUCAUGAAUUCACAAUUUCAAGGGCUUAUUCAUCUUUGGAUUGAAGGUGAAUGUGAGAGUGUGAAGUGUCUCCCAAAGGAAGGUUGGUUGCCUGCCUCCCUUGAGUCUCUCACACUGAGUGGCUUAAGUGUGGAGACGUUGGAAUGCAACAGACUUGCCCACCUCACCUCCCUCCAUGAAUUAUCUAUUUAUGAAUGUCCCAAGUUGGAGAAUAUGGAGGGUGAAAAGCUGCCUGCCUCUCUAAAACAACUCUACAUCAUUGGUAGCCCUUUGCUGGGUAAACGGUGUGAGAUGAAGGACCCACAGCUUUGGCCCAAAAUCUCCCACAUCCCUGCCAUUCGAGUUGAUGAUAGAUGGAUUUGGUAAUCCAACAACUUCAACAGAUAAAGUGCAGGUAUAAUCUAACUCCUCAUUGCUGUUAGUGCUGUUAAUUCAUUGCACCGUUCCUUAAAUGCACGGUUUCUAUUCUCAUGUAGUUUUCGUUUGGAGCUAGAGAGUACUUCUUGUGUGCCAAAUGUAAGGGUGGUCUUUUCGGUGGUGUUAUGAACUAGUAAAACACCUGCAUUGCAUUACUUCUUUCAUGUAUUUCUCUUUUUUUUUCCCCAACUUUUGCUGCUGACAACUUAUACAUUGAAGUUUAUUACAACAUUGACUGCUUUUUCUUUUGUUCUGUUGAUAAGAUGAUGAAAUCUACCGUGGUGAAAGUGUACAGUAUACCCUUGAAGGAUACCAGCUCAUAUGGGAAACAAUUCAAUAUUCGCUUAUCCAAAGGCAGAACUGAGAUUGAGGCUGCUGAUAAGCAAAGAAGGGAGUGCUCUGAUAUAGGCAUCACAAUUGGUGCAACAAUUUGAAGUUCUUUAUGAGGUUCAAGAUCCUUGAGAAUGCCAAACGGACACUCUCGAGGAGAAUGGAAGUCGCGCUGCGACUGCUUCGAAAGAAGUGGCUAUGAAUCAGUAAAGAAACUUGAUAUCAUGGUCACUGAGAUCUCCAUUUGAUCUGAGUUUGAAUUACAAAUAUUGUUCACUCACUGUUUGUGGUGUAUGCUUCUCUUUCCUUUAAGUACUUCAUAGUUCUUAUGUUAGUAAGUAAUGUGUGAUUAGUUGUAACAUGGAAAGGGCUAACUUAGUUGUACUUGAAGAAGAUAGUAUUCAAUAAAUAGUAGAUGUUUUUGGCCCCAGUCCUAUUCUCUGAUGGCAAUGCCGAAGGGGGAUAGAGGCUGGUCCUUAACCAGGGACUUGAUGGCUAUGCCGGAAAGUCCUUAGUUGGGAGGUUAUUUUUCAAAAAAGAAUAAAAGGUGUAAGAUGGAAAGAUGUUUAUGGUUAACAAGAAGUCAAGAAUGAAGAAUUACAUCUUCCAGUGGCUUAAUUGCGGUUUA